AUGGAAAGAACUACACCAGAGCCAGCUACUACAGAAACCGUUGAAUAUACUCAACCAGAAAAUCAGGAAAUUUUACAAACAUGUACUGCCGAUGGUUGUUAUUGUCCCUCUGGAUAUGUAAUAGAAACUGGUACACCUUAUUGCAUUUUGGAGACUACAACUUUACCAACUACGGUUUCUCAACCAACUGAAAGAUUACCAGGUUUUGAAGGGAAUGGAUACUCGUGCGAGCCAGAAGUAAUUUCCUGCACUAUUGUUGAUAACUGCGAUCCCCAGGCUAUGUGUACAUAUGACGAAACUUUGGGAAAAUCGAAAUGUGUGUGUAAUGCUGGUUAUGUGGGAGAUGGAUACUAUUGUUCUAUCAGUGUUGGAUGUACCUCUAAUCAAGAUUGCACGCCUACAGAAGAAUGCGUAAUAACACCUUCACAGAAAUAUGAGUGCAUAUGCAGGGAUGGUUACACCCGAGAUUCCCAGAAUCAAUGCGUGCUCAUCGCAGGCUCCUGUGGCGGUGGUACGUGCGUCGACAAUGCAGAAUGCAUAUUUGAUGAAGAAAUCGAAACAUUCUACUGUCAUUGUAAAAAUGGAUACAUUGGAGAUGGAAUUACUGAAUGUAGGAAGAAGGUCAUCGGUUGCGAUACCCUUAACAACUGUGGAGAACACGCUAUCUGCAUAUUUGAAGAACAAGAAUUAGCUUAUAAGUGUUUCUGUAAAGACGGGUUCUUUGGUAACGGAUUUGACUGCUACGCCGAAAGAAACUGCCAUAUAGAUCCAACCAUGUGCCAUCAGCAAGCUGUAUGUCUUACAGACGCAAGCCGACGAUUCUUGUGUCAGUGCAAACCUGGAUAUGUUGGUAAUGGCACCAUGUGUAAAGCAAUAUCUAAACAUGAAGGCAAUUAUCUUCUUCUUAAUCAAGGAAUGGCUACUUUACAAAUUCCUCUUGAUAGAACGAGAAACAAAGUGAGAAAGCCUAUUCAAGUCAAGGCUUAUCAAACUGCGGUAGGUCUAGACGUAGAUUGUCUCGAAGGAAGAAUUUAUUGGAGUGAUAUCAGCGGAAGGGCUAUCAGUAGCUCAGCUUUAGAUGGUACUGAUAAAGAAAAUUUUAUUGUUAAUGAUAUAGGAUCACCUGAAGGUCUAGCUAUAGACUGGGUUUCCCGUAACAUUUACUGGACUGAUUCCACGUUAGACACGAUAGAAGUUGCUAACAUAGAAUCCAAGUUACGCCGAACCCUUUUUAACACUGAUUUAGUUAACCCCAGGGGCAUAGCUGUUCACCCCCAAAGAGGCAAGAUUUUCUGGACAGACUGGAACCGCAAGGAUCCAAAAAUCGAAUGGGCCAAUGCUGAUGGCUCCGACAGAAGAAUUUUCUUGCAAGGUUCGGAUGUGUCCCUUCCCAAUUCUUUAACUAUCGACUUCGAAACAGAACAAUUAUGCUAUGCGGAUGCUGGUACCAAGAAAAUUGAAUGUGUUCAUCUUGAUAGUAGGCAGAAACAGACUAUAGCCAGUAACUGCACUUAUCCAUUUGGUAUUACCACUACAGAUAAGGAGAUAUUUUGGUCAGAUUGGAUCACAAAAAAAAUUGAAAGAGUAGAAAAAUACAACUUAAAGCGGCUUCCACCUCUACCUGUCCCACUAGGAGGCACCGGAAACAGGCUAUUUGCACUUGUAGCUGUAGCAAACAAGUGUCCAUCUUUAACCAACGUCUGCGAGUACUACAAGAAUCAAUGUCCCAAAGAUCACAUCUGUCUUCCGAACGGCUUAGGUGGCAAACAGUGUCUGUGUGGCAAAGAUUCACAAAACACCGACGUUACACCAAGUUGUAAUUUAUAG